AUGAAGAGCUGCCGUGGGCUUGCCGCCAUUGCCAAGAGCACGCUGUGGCACUCAAAUCCGAGCACAACAUUUCCCUUCUGGACGCGUUCUAGUGUCCGACAUGUAAAGCCGCCAGGUGGUUUUGGUGUGGCUGUGGGCCGGAACUCAUCGGCCCGCCAAAUAGCCACAGCACAUCCUGGCUGGAGCGCUGCGCCGCUUCCUUCUGCUCCGGAUGUUGCCAAUCGUGUCAAAGCUGUUUUGCGCCGGAUGCCGCAGUCAGUUGUGGUGAUUACCGCCGCCGGAAUAUCUCCAGCCGAGGGACGUGGCAGUGCCAUGUCUGCAAAGCAGGAUGUGGAACCCGUUGGUAUGACUGUGUCAUCCUUUGCCUCGUUGGAUCUGGAUGGGGACGUGGCUGCCGUCGCCUUCAACGUCAAGAGGCCAAGCAGGACACUGGACGCGAUUGCCCGGGGUGGUGGUGCGUUCAACGUCCACGUACUGGCGGGCACCGACGCCGGCGCCCGUGUCGCGCAUCACUUUACGCGACCCAACGGGGCGAACUCGUACGAGGUCGAGGAUGGGGAACUCGAACCCAGCAAACCAAGAGCGGCAUUGGGUCUUUUUGAUGAGCUGCAGAGGAGAACGGGUUGCGUUGCCAUCUCUACCGACUCGGGCCAUCGAGAUCAAGCCAGUCCGCCGAUGCUCCAGGGCCCAGGGGUUCUCUACAUCCUCAAGUGCGCCCUGUCAGAGUCGUCGGAGAGAAUAUUGCUGCCCAUCAUGAACCAUACAAUCGUCGUCGCGGGAGUGACAGACGUCGUGGCAGGCGAGUUGCCUCUGAAGGAGGACGAACAAGGGGUUGGGUCUCUCGUUGCAACCCAUACCACACUUGGAUUGACGUAUGGAGAUCGUCAAUACCGAAGUCCGGGCAGUGUUAUUCUCAAUGGGAACGGGUCUGCCCCGAAGCCCUCUAAAAGUUGA